UUGGGGCGUGGGCGGGGUUUGGGGGGAGGCGGGGCUCCUCAGCCCCGCCCUCCCGGCGCACUCCGGUAUGAAUUUGCGCUCAGCGUUUCCCCUCUGAUGGGACGGCUGACCGGCAUGAUGGCACGAUGUAAUCGGAGCCACGACGCGCAGUGCCCAGAGGAAGAAACCAACUCCUCCCAACAGCAGCUGACACUUUGCAGUUCCAGGAUGAAAGGCCGAGUUAUUGCUCCGUGGUUGCUGCUGUUAUUCGUGCUGCUUGCAGAGGGAACAAGUUACAGCGUUCCAGGAAAACCCACACUGACAAGAUGUCGUUCACCUGAGAAAGAGACCUUCACCUGCUGGUGGGAGCCGGGCUCUGAUGGGGGGCUGCCCACCUCCUAUGCACUGUUCUAUCGCAAAGAAAACUCUGACUUAGUGUACGAGUGUCCCGACUACUUCACGGCCGGGGAGAACUCCUGCUUCUUCAACAAGAACGAUACGUCCAUCUGGGUCAAUUACAACAUCACCGUGGUGGCCACCAACCCUUUGGGCAGCACCUUCUCCGACCCCAUUGAGAUUGAUGUUGUCUACAUCGUCAUGCCCAAUCCUCCAGAGCAUGUAGCAGUGACUGUUUUGGGGAACAAAGAGCAUCCCUUCCUCCGGGUGUCAUGGGAACCGCCGCCUAAAGCCGACACCCGCUCAGGUUGGAUUACCCUCAUCUAUGAGCUUCGUAUCAAGUUGGAAGGAGAUGACGAAUGGGAGACGCACCUUGCAGGCCAGCAGAAAGUGUUCAACAUUUUCAGCCUGCAUUCAGGAGGCACAUACCUCGUUCAAGUGCGUUGUAAACCCGAUCAUGGUUUUUGGAGUGAAUGGAGCUCCACUUCCUACGUCAAAUUUCCUGAUUAUUUCCCUCGGGAAAAGUCAAUGUGGAUCCUCAUCACGGUCUUUUCUGCCUUCAUUUUCUUCAUUUUCACCUGGCUGAUACACAUGAACAGCCACAAUCUGAAACACUGCCUUCUGCCACCAGUCCCUGGUCCUAAAAUUAAGGGAUUUGAUAGACAGCUUCUUAAGAAUGGUAAGGCUGAUGGUAUGUUCAGCUCACUGACAGUGUCCGAGUUCCCCCCAACAACAUCGUCCAACUAUGAAGACUUGCUUGUGGAGUACCUGGAGGUGUCUGUUCCUGAGGAGCAGGAGCUGAUAGUGGAGGAAAGCAAAGUUCUGCACAACUGCUGCCUCAAAUCCGAAAGCUCCACCUCUGACUGCGACUCUGGCCGCGGCAGCUGUGACAGUCACACUCUGCUCAUGGAGAAGUGUGGGCAGGAAAAAGAGGAGUGGCUAACAGGUCAGCAGGGCGGUCAAACGGAGACGGGCGCGAAAAUCCACGAGGAAAAAGAGCCGGCAUAUACCAGUGAUGACGCCAUUAGCCCCGAUUUGUCGGUUGGGAAGGUGAAGACCUGGCCCUCUGUGUUCUCCACUCUGCCCCAGUACAGCUCACACCCACUGGACCAACCGGGGUCACUUGAAAUGGCCAAACAGCACUGCCUUUCUGACAGCUUGUUCCCGCCAGGCUCCUUAUCCUCACACCUUACUCUACCAGACCACAGUAACAAAGAGGGACUCAGAUCCAACUACUGUGAAUUUACCUUCGGCAACAGGCAGUCCGAUCUUCUCAAUCCCCAGACGAAGAUCAACCGGCAGCUCCAGGCCCGCAGUGACAAUAACAUCUCCAACCUUCAUCAUAAAGGAGCACCUGCUGAUCAGCCGCUGUCUAAGCUGUGCUCCACUGAGUACGUGGAGGUCCAGACGGUGAAUGAGGACGUGGUGCUCCUCCACGCUGUUUCAGGCCAUGGAAAAGACUGCUCCGAUUUGCACCGGGCCGAAGAGUACAGCAAGGUGAAGACCACGGACAAUGACAACGUGCUACUGCUGUUCCAGAGCGACGUCAGAGAAAAGCAGGUGGAACUGUUCCCCCGUGUGAGUCAGCUGACGAGCGAGGCAGCUGAGAACUACUACACAGCGUCCAUGUCCAACGCUCCACAGAAGCCCUGCGUUCAGACUGCCCCGCCAGCUCUGGAUGAGAGGGCCGUCAGCGGUUACGUCGACACCGCCACUGCCACAAUGUUCACCGUGCCCACUUACUAAGUGCUGCAAAAGUCCGAAAUGUGUGAUGACUGGGACAUUAAACUAAAGCCAUCAACACCUGAUGACUCCUCCGACACGGACUGACAAGGAUACAGAUAUUUUUCAAUCACAGAGUCAUUGAGAUAAUUUUCAGUUAUGAUAUAGUUGGAUAUUAAACAGGGAAAAUAAUUUGAUUUAAAUAUCAAAAGAAUAAUCUUUAUUUAACCUCAUUAACAACAUAAUUGAUUCAAUACUCUAAGUCAUGUGGUACUAUAAGUUUGUCUUUUGAUUAUAAUAUAAUUGAUUUUUCUUGCCUCUAUGGAAAACUAUAUUUUCAAUGCUGCUGGCUGAGCAGCAUUUGCUUAAACAACAGGCAGCCUCAUCUAACGAACCUUUAACCUCUGUUAGGGGAAGCACUGGCUCUACAAUGCAGUGGGUUGCAUUUUCCUAGAAUUGCAUGAGUCUGCUUUUUCCUCAGCAAAUAAGGCAUUAGCAAGUCAAUACACGAUUGUUGUCGUUGAUCAUAUUUAUUGCACAAAAACACAUUUAUUUCUACUGAUGUGAGUGGUCUGUCCCUGUAUGUCAAUGUUCCAACCCACUGUCCACAAGUUGCCACUUGAGGGUCUGAGUUUAUAAUAAUGAUGUAAAUAACAUCUAAAGCUCUGAUAAGUAUCUGAUCUCAACACAUUUGAACAUCGAUAAGAGAUUUUGACAUGUUACAAAAGUCUUACACAUUAAUACACCAAUUAUGGUUAUUCAGGAAUAUUUUGGAAAUGCUGUGUGCCCUAAUACCAAUUAAGUUCCAAAGAGAGAUUCACUUUAGCAUGCUUUGUGAGCCUAUGCAUGUAUGUAUGUCUGUGUAUUUGUGUGGAUGUGUUUAACUUGAUAAUCAAAAACAGAAAGGGAGAAUUUGUUUUUGUCAUUCAGAGGUGAUUUAUAUGACUAUGCUUUUAAUGUUGUUGUUAUUUUUAAAUAAAUUAUUUCUACAAAGGUCAGUUUUUAUUGGGAUAGUGUGAUGAUGGUUGAUGUACACUGUGCUGUUUCUCUGUAUUUAAAUGUAUCGGUGUACAUCAUUAACAGUGCAGUGUAAAACGGUCCUCAAAUCUUUGUGAAAAUCAUGUUUAUAAUAAAAAUUAAAGAGAAAAGG